CCACAUGGGAGUCUGCAGGCUGUGAACAAGAUGUUCCAUGGAACUUGGGAGUUUUGCUGUUUGCAGCACGACUUGGCUGUGGGGGCCAAAGGAGGUUGAGAGUUUGGUCUUUCAACAGGAUCAUCGUUUUGGGGCGGCACCUCUGUUGAAUUUAGGACGCCUUUCGUUUUGCUCAAGGCGACAGCCCGGGUGCCACCUGCGCGCCCCCCACGGGAAGGGGCGUGGCCCGAGUCCCCGCGCGCCCCCUGGAGAGCCGAGCGCCACCCACGCGCCGCAGAGCCCCGCGCUCGCGUCCCUGCACCCGAGCCGGGCGCGUCGGCCGAGAUUGCGGCGCCCAGGAAGCCGCACACUGCCGUCCCCAGGCUCCUCCCAUCGCCCGCCGGGGCGGCCCGGGACUACCUGGCGGCGGGGCGGGCGCUGCAGCGCCGCAGACCGGGCGCCCCAGCGGCCGCCGCAUCCCCGCGCUCCUCGCCCGCCGCCACCGCGCCCGGCCCACCCCGCUCACCUGCCGGCCCCGGCCGCCCCGCGCCCCGCGCCCCGCGCCCCGCGCCCCGCGCCCGCCAGCCCGUCUCCGCCGGCUGCGCUCCCGCCGUUGGCGCAGGCGGCCCUACGCCGGCGGCGCAGCGCCCUCCCGUCCGCCCGCCCCCUGCACUCUCCCCGCCUCCUCCCUCCCUCUCGGGGGCCGAGCGAAUGUAGCCCGCGAGAGAAAAUGGCGGCGGCGGGGAAUCGCGCCUCGUCGUCGGGACUCCCGGGCGCCCGGGCUGCGAGCCCCGAAGCGGGCGGCGGCGGAGGGGCCCCCAAGGCGAGCGGCGCGCCGGCGGCCGCGGGACUGCUGCGGGAGACGGGCAGCGGGAGCCGCGAGCGGGCGGACUGGCGCCGGCGGCAGCUGCGCAAAGUGCGGAGUGUGGAGCUGGACCAGCUGCCCGAGCCGCCGCUCUUCCUCUCAGCCUCUCCGCCGUCCUCGUCCACCUCCCCGUCCCCGGAGCCCGUGGACGCGGCCGCGGGAGGAAGCGGUUUCCAGCCCGUGGCGGUGCCGCCGGCUCACGGAGCCCGGAGCCUCGGCGGCGCCCACCCCGCGGAGCCGGCGGCCGCGCCGGACGGCGGCUCCCAGAGCCCCGCGGGGGCCGAGCCCGGGGAGAAGCGCGCGUCCGCCGCCGAGCCCCAUCCCGCAGCGGCCCCCGCGGGUCGUGAGAUGGACAGUAAAGACACUCUCAAGGGGUUGCACAAGAUGGAUGACCGUCCAGAAGAACGAAUGAUCAGGGAGAAACUGAAGGCAACCUGUAUGCCAGCCUGGAAGCAUGAGUGGCUGGAAAGGAGAAAUAGAAGAGGCCCUGUGGUAGUCAAGCCAAUCCCAAUUAAAGGAGAUGGAUCUGAAAUUCACCACCCACCAACUGAAACUCAAGGAGAGAGCCAGGCAAGUGCCACAUCCUCGACCCCCAAAGGACGGCGCAGCCCUUCCCCCGGCAGCUCCCCUUCAGGACGCGCAGUGAAGUCAGAAUCUCCAGGAGUAAGAAGAAAAAGAGUUUCUCCGGUACCUUUUCAGAACGGGAGGAUCACACCCCCUAGAAGAGCCCCUUCACCAGAUGGCUUCUCACCAUACAGCCCCGAGGAAACAAGCCGCAGAGUGAACAAAGUGAUGCGAGCUAGGCUGUACUUACUGCAGCAGAUAGGACCCAACUCUUUCCUAAUCGGAGGGGACAGUCCUGACAAUAAAUACCGGGUGUUCAUCGGACCUCAGAAUUGCAGCUGUGGGCGUGGAACAUUUUGUAUUCAUUUAUUAUUUGUUAUGCUCCGGGUGUUUCAACUAGAACCGUCAGACCCAAUGUUAUGGAGAAAAACCUUAAAGAAUUUUGAGGUUGAAAGUUUGUUCCAGAAAUAUCACAGCAGGCGUAGCUCAAGGAUCAAAGCUCCAUCUCGUAACACCAUCCAGAAGUUUGUUUCACGCAUGUCCAAUUCUCAUACCUUGUCAUCACCGAGUACUUCUGCAUCUAGUUCAGAAAACAGCAUAAAGGAUGAAGAGGAGCAGAUGUGUCCGAUCUGCCUGUUGGGCAUGCUUGACGAAGAGAGUCUCACAGUGUGUGAAGAUGGCUGCAGGAACAAGCUGCACCACCACUGCAUGUCGAUUUGGGCAGAAGAAUGUAGAAGAAAUAGAGAGCCUUUAAUAUGUCCCCUUUGUAGAUCUAAGUGGAGAUCCCAUGACUUCUACAGCCACGAGUUAUCAAGCCCUGUGGAUUCCCCUUCUUCCCUGCGAGCUGCACAGCAGCAAACCAGUCAGCAGCCACCUCUGGCUGGAUCACAGCGAAGGAGUCAGGAGAGCACUUUUAACCUCACUCACUACGGAACUCCUCAGGUCCCUCCUGCUUACAAAGACUUAGCUGAGCCAUGGAUUCAGGUAUUUGGAAUGGAACUCGUUGGCUGCUUAUUUUCAAGAAACUGGAAUGUUAGAGAGAUGGCUCUCAGGCGUCUCUCCCACGAUGUUAGUGGGGCCCUGCUGCUGGCUAAUGGGGAGAGCACUGGAAAUUCCGGCGGCGGCGGCAGCGGUGGGAGCAGCCCUGGUGUGGGGGGCGUCACCGGAUCUUCCCAGGCCGGCGUCUCAGGAGACGUAGUGGAGGCGUGCUGCAACGUUCUGUCCAUGGUCUGUGCUGACCCUGUGUACAAAGUGUAUGUUGCGGCUUUAAAAACAUUGAGAGCCAUGCUAGUAUAUACUCCUUGCCACAGUCUGGCAGAAAGAAUCAAACUGCAGAGACUUCUCCGGCCAGUUGUGGACACCAUCCUUGUCAAGUGUGCAGAUGCCAAUAGUCGCACAAGUCAGCUGUCGAUAUCAACACUGUUGGAACUGUGCAAAGGGCAAGCAGGAGAGUUGGCAGUCGGCAGAGAAAUACUUAAAGCAGGCUCCAUUGGGAUAGGUGGUGUUGAUUAUGUCUUAAACUGUAUUCUUGGAAACCAAGCUGAAUCAAACAACUGGCAAGAACUCCUGGGCCGCCUCUGCCUUAUAGACAGACUGCUGUUGGAAUUCCCCGCUGAGUUUUACCCCCAUAUUGUCUGUGUUGAUGUUUCACAAACUGAGCCUGUUGAAGUCAGGUAUAAGAAGCUGCUGUCCCUCUUAACCUUUGCUUUGCAGUCCAUUGAUAAUUCCCACUCGAUGAUUGGUAAACUCUCACGAAGGAUCUAUUUGAGUUCCGCAAGGAUGGUCACUGCAGUUCCCCAUGUAUUUUCGAAACUGUUAGAAAUGCUGAGUGUUUCCAGGUCCACGCAUUUCACCAGGAUGCGUCGCCGUUUGAUGGCUAUUGCUGACGAGGUGGAAAUCGCUGAGGUCGUCCAGCUGGGCUUAGAAGACACUUUGGAUGCUCGACAUGACAGCUUUUCACAGGCCUCUGUCCCGAGCAGCUCUCCAGAAACUACAGAGAGUCAUUCCUUUGAGCACACAGACCAUUUAGAGAAAACUGGAAAAGGACUGUGUGCUACAAAAUUAAGUGCCAGCUUAGAGGACGUAUCUGACAGGCUGGCUGGCGUUUCGGUAGGACUUGCUAGUGUAACAACAGAGCAACCAAAGCCAAUGGUGCAGACAAAAGGCAGACCCCACAGUCAGUGUUUGAACUCCUCUCCUUUAUCUCAUCAUUCUCAAAUUACAUUCCCAGCCUCGUCAACCCCUUCUUCAUCUGCCCCAUCUGUCCCAGCCGGCACUGUAACUGAUGUCUCUAAACAUAGACCUCAGGGAUUCAUUCCCUGCAAAAUCCCUUGUGCAUCUCCUCAAACACAGCGCAAGUUCUCUCUCCAGUUCCCGAGAAACUGUUCUGAAAACAAAGACUCGGAUACACUUUCCCCAAUCUUUACUCAGUCAAGACCCCUGCUCUCUAGUCAUGUACACAGGCCAAAGCCAUCUCGACCUAGUCCAGGUAGCACAGGUAAACAGGGAGAGGCCUCCAAGAGCAUGACGCUUGAUCUGAACAGUGCUUCCAAAUGUGACGACAGCUUUGGCGGUAGUGGCAAUAGCAGUAAUGCUAUCAUACCCAGCGAUGAGACAGUAUUCACCCCAGUAGAAGAAAAAUGCAGAUUAGAUGUCAACACAGAGCUCAACUCCAGUAUUGAGGACCUUCUUGAAGCAUCAAUGCCUUCAAAUGACGCAACAGUGACUUUCAAGUCAGAAGUUGCUGUCUUGUCUCCUGAAAAGAAUGAAAGUGAUGAUACCUACAAAGAUGAUGUGACUCAUAAUCAAAAGUGCAAAGAAAAGAUGGAAGCUGAGGAAGAAGAAGCUUUAGCAAUUGCCAUGGCAAUGUCAGCGUCUCAGGAUGCCCUACCUAUAGUUCCUCAGCUGCAGGUUGAAAAUGGAGAGGAUAUCAUCAUUAUUCAGCAGGAUACACCAGAGACUCUACCAGGACAUACCAAAGCAAAACAACAUUAUAGAGAAGACACUGAAUGGCUGAAAGGUCAGCAAAUAGGCCUUGGAGCAUUUUCUUCCUGUUAUCAGGCACAAGACGUGGGAACUGGAACUUUAAUGGCUGUUAAGCAGGUGACAUAUGUCAGAAACACCUCUUCUGAACAAGAAGAAGUCGUAGAAGCAUUAAGAGAAGAGAUAAGAAUGAUGAGUCAUUUGAAUCAUCCAAACAUCAUUAGGAUGUUGGGAGCCACUUGUGAGAAGAGCAAUUACAAUCUCUUCAUCGAAUGGAUGGCAGGGGGUUCUGUAGCUCACUUACUCAGCAAAUACGGAGCCUUCAAAGAGUCCGUAGUUAUCAACUAUACUGAACAACUACUUCGUGGCCUUUCCUAUCUCCAUGAAAACCAGAUCAUUCACAGAGACGUCAAAGGUGCCAAUUUGCUCAUUGACAGCACAGGUCAGAGACUGAGAAUCGCAGAUUUUGGAGCCGCAGCGAGGUUGGCAUCAAAAGGAACUGGUGCAGGAGAGUUUCAGGGACAGCUGCUGGGGACAAUUGCGUUUAUGGCACCAGAGGUACUGAGAGGCCAGCAGUACGGUAGAAGCUGUGACGUGUGGAGUGUCGGCUGUGCGAUCAUAGAAAUGACUUGUGCUAAGCCGCCGUGGAACGCAGAGAAACACUCCAAUCACCUUGCUUUGAUAUUUAAGAUUGCUAGUGCAACUACUGCUCCAUCAAUCCCUUCACAUCUGUCUCCUGGCUUACGGGAUGUGGCUCUUCGUUGCUUAGAACUUCAACCUCAGGACAGACCUCCAUCAAGAGAGCUACUGAAACACCCAGUCUUCCGGACUACGUGGUAGUCAUGUCUACAAACCAUCAUGGAGGCAGGAUGCUCAGUAAGAGGGGAAGAAGAAGAAGAGAAAAAAAAAAAAAAACUUUUGUGGGCAACCACAUUGAUAAUCUACUGGCGUUUGUGCCACUGAACUAGAACUUUGUGCUAUGAAUGAGACCGGGGCGGAACCGUUACCUAAGUAUGUGAUUGACAAAUCAUGACUUGUACCUAAGCUUAGUAUGCAAAAGUCCACAAUUAGUGCAGAAACUGUAAAUUGUGCCUUUCAAAGAACUGGCCCUAGGUGAACAGGAAAGCAAUGAAGUUCGCAGGCUAAUUAACAAAAGCAUCAUUUUAUUUGGGGGAGCACUUUUUCAGCAAUAUUAGCGGCUGGGGGGCUCAGGAUCUGUUUUUAAUGUUCCAGCUACUCUUCUGUUUCUUAUCACAGGCAGGGGGUUCUGCAGUUCCAUUGAGUUUAGGCUUUUUGUGUUGUUUGCUCUGUUGUCACUGGCUAUAAAAAUCAGUCUCUGCCUCUCGUAGGUCAGAUUAUGCUAUGAGUAGCAGUAAAUAAAUAUAUUUUUUAAAGCUGGUAAUUCUUUAUGAUGACCCACAGUUGACCCUUAUUAUUAUUAUUUUUUAAUACCAGAUCAAUUGUGGGUUUUUAUGUGCAUUUUACUGUUGGCCCAUCCAUUUCGUUCUUGGAAAUUAUGGUUCUAUAUUUUCAUUUCACCUUAAUUUUUGUUUGAUAUUCAGGGAAAGGUGAUCUUUUCAAAUCAGAAAAAAAAAAAGAGUAGAAGUAGGUUUGAGCUAGAGUUGAUUAAAUAUCUUGCUAUUGCAAGAGUUUUUAAAAUGCAGAUAGAAUUUUGUUUGUUUUUAAAAUUGGCAUAUAAAAGUCCUACCUUCAUUGAGUCAGUCACUGCUCUUCUCAGGCAGGUCAUAUAGAAAUUAAGUGAAAAUCAACUGUAUUCUGUGAUGCAGCUUGCAACAAAGAUCAAGAUUACCUUGAAAUAUAUUUGAAAGUUUUGAUGUGUGUGUUUCUUUGGUCAUUUUGUAAGAAACUUCAAGACUUCACCCCGUUCGUUUUGCCCCAUAGAUGACAGCUCACUGUUCAUCACAGCUGACACUGACUGACACACAAACUGACACUUUUCUUCCACCACGCAUCAUCUCUUUACAGCAGACUUGGCUGGUAGAACAUGAAAUGUUAACAUACUUAGUUACCAAGGAAUAAAGCUGUUUUUACACAGUAAAUUUGUCCUGAACUUCGAAAACCUGUUAGAAGUGAAGUCAGAUUUCACCAGCCUCCUACUUCCCUAGAGAUUGCACAGCCGGCUAAUGGUUUUAACCUGGCUUCACUCCUGAUGCAUGGAAUCCGAGCAGAGAACCACAGCUGUUUAUCUUUUCGUGUGAGUCAAGUGCCGGUUCAUUAUAUAACAAAACUUUUUACAUUGUUAAGUUUUAACUCUUCCGAAGCCAGUUGAAUUGUUGCAGAGUGAAAUAGAAUUGAUUAUUCUCAAAGACUCAGGAUAAACUAAAUAAGCUAUAUAGAGUACAUUUCAAAUGUACAGUACAAAUCGGAAGUAAAAAUCAGUUACAAGUUUACAGGGAUAUAUUGCAUAUAACUUUUAGGGCAGUUUUUUUUUUUUUUAUGUGAAUGUGUUUCUUAGAAAAAUUUUACAUUCCUUUGAUUUGAAAGAUUGGCAAUAUUUGAAGAGUUAAAAAAAAACCUAGUAUCAAAAUGUGAAGUUUGGUAACUCUAAACAUGUUAUAUUUUACUUUAUUUUCGUUCUAUUAAAAAACAAACAAAAGAAAACUUACAAAUUGUCAGAGUUCUAAUCAGAUUGUUUUCAAGUCUCCUCUGUGCAAGCUUUAAAGAAUAUGCACUCUUGCCAUUUUAUGUACUGGAAGAUCAUUGGUCAGAUCAAGUCUGUGUCUGACAGAAAUGUAAACUGUAUAAACUGAGGAACCUCAGCUAAUCAGUAUUACUUUAUAGAUCACCAUGCCCACCACAUUUCAAACUCAAACUGCCUCUAGGUGUCAAAAUCCAUUGUGUUUGAGUUUGUUUGCAGUUCCCUUGGCUUGCUGGUAAUUGUGGUGUUUUGUUGUAUUGUUUUGUUUUCAAUGAAAUGUGAUAUAAUAUUCUUAUUUUCUUUGGAUCAAAGCUGGACUGAAAAUUGUAUUGUGUAAUUAUUUUUGUGUACUUAAUGUUAUUUGGUACUCGAGUUGUAAAUAACGUCUACUGCUGUUUAUUCCAGUUUCUACUACCUCAGGUGCCCUAUAGAUUUUUCUUCUACCAAAGUUCACUUUCACAAUGAAAAUUGUAUUUGCUGUGUGAUUAUGACUCCUAAGACUUCCAGGGCUUAAGGGCUAACUUCUCUUAGCACCUUACUGUGUAAGCAAAUGUUAAAAAAAAAAAAAAAAAAAAAAAAAAAAAAAAAAAACUCUGGGUUAAGAAAAUUUGGCUUAUAUCCUUCAUUAUUUUAAAUAUAUUGAGAUAUUUUAAUUAAAAUUUUUACCCCAUUGAACCAAUUUUAUAGUAUUUGUACCUAUUUUGGUGUUUUGUCUUUAUAGUAAAUAAAAGUUUUUGAACAAAGGUAA